GCAGUGAAACCAGAGGCGAUGCGAGCCAGAUCAACACACUGUGUGUGUUGUUAAAACAGUAAAAGUGGGACAUUGUAGUUCGUUAGUGUCGCUGUGUGAGUUAGCAGAUUAGCUUCCCGGCUAACUUCGCCGUGUGGUCAAAUGCUGCAUUCAAGUUACGUGGGAAAGGAAAGAGUCUCUGAAAUGUGAUGCGAAAGCGGAAUAGCUCGCUGACUGCGGAGCAUGACAGCGGGACCACCGGAACUCUGCUGGACAGCGACCCGGACCUGAAGCAGCGUCCCGGCGGGGAAGCAGCGGGGCCUGCAGCGGGCGGCCGGCAGGGCCCGGGAGAGGAGGGGAGCAUGGGGAAACCGUUCAGGAGGUUGGGUCUGGUGGGGAAGCUGAAGAGGAUCAUGUUGUGGCUGCUGGUCGUCUACGUCUCCAUCCCCUUCAUCAUCAAGCUCUGUCCGUCCAUCCAGGCCAAACUCGUCUUCCUCAACUUCGUGAGGAUGCCCUACUUCAUUGACCUGAAGAGACCUCUGGACCAGGGCUUGAACCACACACACAACUUCUACCUGGAGCCCGAGACCGGACUGAAGAUUGGAGUCUGGCACACAGUUCCUGCUCAGAUGUGGAGGGAAGCUCAGGGGAAACAAGGCGACUGGUACAACUCCAUGAUCCGCUCCUCCCACUCUGUCAUCCUCUAUCUCCAUGGAAACGCAGGGACCAGAGGAGGAGACCACAGAGUUCAGCUGUACAAGGUCCUCAGUUCAUUAGGCUACCAUGUGGUCACGUUUGAUUACAGAGGCUGGGGGGACUCCGACGGCUCUCCAUCAGAGGGGGGGAUGACAUCAGACGCUCUCUUCAUCUACGAUUGGCUGAAACAGCGGCUGGACAACAAAACGCCACUUUACAUCUGGGGACACUCUCUGGGGACAGGAGUUGCCACCAACCUGGUCAGACGGCUGUGUGACAGAGGAAGUCCUCCAGACGCUCUGAUCCUCGAGUCUCCCUUCACAAACAUCAGAGAGGAGGCCAAGAGCCACCCCUUCUCCAUGGUGUACAGAUACCUGCCGGGCUUUGAUUGGUUCUUCCUGGACGCCAUCACGGCCAACAACAUUCGCUUCGCCAGUGAUGAGAAUGUGAAUCACAUCAGCUGUCCCGUGCUGAUCCUCCACGCUGAGGACGACAGCGUGGUUCCGUUCCACCUGGGCAAAAAGCUGUACCACAUGGCCUCCCAGUCGAAGAGCCUCAGCGGUCACAAAGUCCAGUUUGUUCCUUUCCCCUCCUCGCUGGCCUACAAGCACAAGUUCAUCUACAGGAGCCCAGAGCUGCCAAACAUCCUCAGGUACCAGCAACAAAACCUCCAUCAUCACCAUCACCAUCACCAUCACCAUCAUCACCACCAUCACCAUCACCAUCAUCACCACCACCAUCAUCACCAUCAUCAUCACCAUCACCAUCAUCACCACCACCAUCAUCACCACCAUCAUCAUCAUUUGGGAUAAAUUGAAACUAGCACUCGGCUCAGAGGAGCUGUCUCAGAGUUGCGUCGUCCUCUGAGCGACCUGUCAGGUGGAAAAAACAACAUAAAUCAGAUAUAAAGUAAAAAAACAGAAAGUGGGCGAGGGGCUUCCCUCCGUUAAGAUCGAUGUAAAUCCUGCAGAUUCAAAGACGGUGCAGGACUGAUGGCUGAGCAUCAGAUCCCACCUGACGCUCGUGUUGUUUGUGAGAAGUUUAUAUUGUUUGGAGCUGCCGAUGUACAGAACUGAAGUCUCAUCAGGUAACUUUCACUGCGUCUCGUUACCGAACAGGAAACGACCGUCGAGCAAUCGCUGCGUUUACACUCAUUAACUCGUAGAAGACAGAAAGAAGUGGCCCUUUCAGAAUAAUCUAGAUUAUAUUAUUGGAUUAUCAGAUAAAUGUGG